GACAAUCUGAACGUCACUUUCAUUCAUGCAGAAUGUGGCCGGAAGUGAUUUGUUUACGGUUUCGUCCUUGUGUUUUGGAUCACACGUACUUUUUUGUAGUGGCAGUAACCUGUGCCGGUAUUUCAUAACCACCGCUGCCAAAGACUGGCGUUUAGUAACACUGUGGUUCCUGUUACGUUAGAGUCACAUAUGUGCUUAAUAAAUAGCUUUUAAAAGGUACAUUGAGCAUAUAAUGAGGCCUGUUUGUCAGAUCCCAGAUAAAGUCCCUGUUUCGAAACGUGUGUCAAAGCUUCACAGUGAAAUGCACAAUAGAUGACCAUCCCAACUGCUAUGAAAACAAUGACUUCAUAAACGUUGUAUGAUAAAGCUCAAAUGAAGUUCAUAUUAUUAGACGGUUUUUGAGGAGUGGAUUAUUGCACAAUGGAUGCCUGCAAGUACCUCUGACCGGAUUCCAUAUGACAACUCCUUCCCCAGAACCUUCCAGCUCUGGGAGGUCUGAAGGCGGACGAGACAGUGAAAUGGAAAUGGCGUCGCAUCCAGAGCACUGUGGUGAAUGCUGCGUGGUUGGUGAAGACAACGAAGUGUGUCGGAGCAGUGCGGCACCUGAGGUUCCUCCACCCACUGUGACUACUGCUUCACAAAAUGACGAUUGGUUUGGUGCCAAUUUGUGUUUCUGGGAUGAAGAUGAAUACACGAGGCACGACACGGACUCCUGGCGUGGGAGCAUCGACAACUUGUCCGACGGGAUUUUGACAGAUAUCUUCCCGGACAUGGCAUUCGGUGAGGGGCAACCGGAAAUUGCUGACAGCACACUGCACGACACUUACUCCGGGCGUGUGAAAAUCGACGACUUGCCCGACGAGGUUUUAAUAAAGAUCUUCUCGUACGUGUCGUUCAGUGUGCUGGUAGAUGUGGUACCGAAAGUGUGCCUGCGUUGGAGAAGGCUGUCACAAGAUUUGGAGUUGUGGGCUGACAAGGAAUACCAAAUCAGGCGAUACUGCGGUUACGACACUGACACCUGUAAGGGCGGCAAGACCGACGAAGGGGCGAUACAGACUUUCUGCGAUGCCCCGAACCUCAGCAAAGUACGCAUGUUGCGUCCCGUCAGGUCCCGUGUCUUCCGCGCGCUCUACAGCAGAUGCCACAGACUGUCCGAGCUGCACAUGGGUACCAAACAGCAGCUCAGCUAUUCGGUUCUGAAGAACUUGGUCGAGAAGUGCUCCAGGAUACACACUCUGACCCUGUCCAAUCUAAUACUGCAGUCCAAGGAACAUUGGGAGGCAGUGUCACGUCUAGAGCACCUCCGCGUACUGGUUCUGAAAGUAUACUACGCGGGGAGCACUCCUGUGCUGCGACCUUUGGGCGACGGAUGCCCGAGGCUGGCCGAGGUCGACUUCGGAUACGCGACUCUCAAUACGGAUGACCUGAGGCACUUCCUCGAUGGCAAGAGGAACACUCUCAAGUCUGUACGGAUAAAGUGGACGAUGGCUGGAAGAAGAUAUGUCCUGCCACUGCUGACAGUCUGCGCCAACUGCUUGGAACGGCUCCAACUUUACGCGUUUGACACAGUCCGCGACGAGGCGAGCGAGGCAUUUACUGCACUGGGAAGCCUGAAGAACUUGCGGGAACUCGAGAUGCAGAUCAGUGAGCCUCUACCACCUGGCGUAGGUCAUCUGGCAUUUGAGACUGGUCUACCAAAAUUGAGGCUGCUGAAUCUAGAAUUUUCAUACGGCUUGGACGACGACACAGUAAUUGCCAUCAGCCGUGGGUGCCCUGUUUUAAGGGAACUCAAUCUCAGAGGAGCUGAUAAACUGUCUGAUGCAGCCUUCUCUCAGGUCUACCGCCUUAAACAUCUUGAAAUACUGAAUGUGUCAGCUUGCAAAGGUCUGGGCGGAGCCCUGAUCCCCUGCCUCGCCAGGCUACCACGACUUCACACGUUGAUCAUGGAAGAAUUUGAGUUUCCAGAGCUGCAGCCAGGUCUGGACAGUAUCCUCGAACUAUCCGGUGUGCGCAGCCUGACACUCGACAGUUCCCUUAUUACUGGAGUGCCAUUUGAUAGGUUUCCGGGAAAGCUUGUCAGCCUCAGGUUGUUGAGUGUCAAGCAUUGCAGAGGCGACCCUACAGCCACAGACGGGCUGGUCGAGCAGAUGCCCGAACUCGAACUCCGCGGCUUCAUCGAAGUGGAGGAACCGGCUGCAGACGACGAGGAUCACGAGAGUGAUGCGGAAGGUGCGGAGUAAGAAAAUGGAGAGAAUGCGGAGCUUGACGAUGCGGACUGAAGUGUGGGAUGACAGUUCGGGGAGUGGUGAGGAGUGAUGGUGGCAGAAACAGUGAUACUGAGAGAUAAUAUUUUUCGAAGUGAUAGCAGUAUAGCUAUUACAUUCCUAGGGGACGUAUGAAAGUGACGUGUCCACCUCUGUAGCAGAGUGGUCGGCGUCACCUAAUGCUGUGCUAGGGGUCCAGUUGUGAUUCCCGGUUGCUUUGGAAAUUUUCUACACUCGGGGACUGGGCGUCGUGCCACCUUCACCGUCGUCAACACGUGAGUUACCAAAGUGGUGUAAAAUAAAAAGAUCUGCACACGGCAGACGAAAUCGAUGAAAGGGCACACACUGCCAAAAUAUUCUGUACGCACAAUUCAUUUCGUAAAAGUGAUUUGAUGUUUAUAGGGAAUAAUGAUUGACAAUAUUGGUUGCAUCUAAGCUGUAACUGUGUAACUGGGCCAAUAUUUCAUACUUCACAGAAGUAGUUAUUGGCCCUUGCUUUAGGGAGGUCUACCAAAUACUGUCUAAUGCUGUGAAACCAAAGAUAGUUAUUUAUUUUUGUAACAUUGUUUAUUUGUUGGAUUUUCUGUAAUACCGUGUUAACAGGGGCAGAAAGUAUUUUGAAGUAAGGUAAUUGCAGAUCAUUUUGAAUAUGUGUUGGUGGAACCAAACCAUGUAUAAUAAUAUUAUUUGAAUUCUUGUUGUGAAGGCAAUGGAUCUGCAAUGCCCAUUUGUAAAUUCUGAUGAGCUAGCAAUUCUUCACCCUUUUGCUGCUGUGGGUGUGUAUAAAAGUCAUACUGUGCUGUUCCUGAGGUGUUGUGGACGUGCAUGCGUGCACCACUAGUAUUUUUUCUACAGUGCUACAGACAUCUGAAUGUGUCUUGAGCCACUGACCUCUCACUGCUGCAGACAAGUUAUAAAAUAGUUUCGAGUAUUUAUCAUACAACAUAACAUAUGUGCCUUAUUGUGUGCUAUCGUGUGCAAAAUCUUGAAUCAUUUAUGAGAUAUGAUGAUUCAUAUGACCACAUGAUAUGGAACAACAUGAGUGAGUACAUUGUGCAUGACCGUCCUCUAGAUAUAACUCGAGAAUCCAAGGAGAGUCUUCUGUUGUCAAUUUUAAAUACAUUUCACUCAGUGUAAUGUAUGUCGUAAAAUCACACACACUAUGUUUAUGCAAUGCAUUUCUAGCUGUGCAAAAUCUUUAAAAUUUUGCUCAAUGUUUUACUUAAAAGCCUGCAAGUCCCCACAGAUGGAACUGGGUGCAUUGUGCUGGACUCUCCAUCAGAUAUAAAACCCAAUAACUUGUGGAUGAAAUGAGAUAUCUUUCUGCUCUCAAAUUUCAAUAUCUUAUGCACAUUUUGUGUGCUGCAUACAGUUUAUUUUAACUCGUAUAUCACAAACUUUGCAUUUUUACUUCUGCAAACUCUUUAAAAAAUUUUGUGCAGUGUUUUACUUAAUUAGAUGCAGUGCAGUAAGUAUGAUGGAUAAUAAAAAUAAAUUCAGCUGUUUUUUGAGUGAAGGUAUCAGACUGUACGAUAUACAAAAAUCAAAAGUUUUCACCUAAUAGUUUUCAAAACAUUGCACAGUAAGUAUUUUAAUGUUGCCCCCUUAGCACAGGCACAAGUAUUUGGCGAGCAGUACAGUUGUAACAAAAGCUGCCUCAGCAGGGAAUGCAGAGAGUACGACUGUAGCAACAAAAGGGUUAAGUAGCUGUGGCUGAAUUAGUGUGUAUGUACAGUGGGGAGCAACUGUCAAUACUUUGUGUUGUUUGCUGUCAAGAAAUACUGCCUCACUACAGGCUUUCAUUGUCACCAUCGUGUUUUGUUGUAUGCUUUUUAUGGUCUCCCAGUUUCUUUUAUUUUAUAUGUAGUGCACCAGUGCUAAACAAGAAAAUUCUAGUGAAACGUGGAUGCAGAUGUCACACCACUGUUGUACACAUGAAAUGGAUGAGAAAAGUCUGCCAUUGGUGGUGCUCUAACUGAAUGGAAUAUGUAUUGGUAAGGAAAAACGCAUCUGAGUAGUUGCAGAUGCAUUAUUAGUAUUAACCCUUAACCCAUGAGCUGGAUGCUUUCAGAGCACCUGAAAAUUUUUGAACGAGCCCUCGGAGGUUAUUUCUGGUGGACUGUGUCUGCAGGGUGUUCUGAUGAGUCGCUCCCUAUUUUUAAACAUUUAAUAUUUCUUUAUUUAUGAACCAAUUUUCUUAUAACUACUUUUCUUAGAAGCAUCACUCCUUGAGGUUGUGUUUAACAUCAUUUUGAACCUCCACAUAAGCUCCAGCAUUCUACACACAUUUUUUAAAAUAAACUGGUACAACGAGAUACUGCUGCCUGCAACACGUUAGGUGCAACGUUCGCUAACUUGUCAGAUAUUAUUA